ACAUUUCACGAGUCCGGAGGAGUUGUUCGAUAUUUCAGUGGGGUUGGCUUUGAUAUCUACCAGUUGGUCGACCUUGAGAGCUUGAGAGAGUUUCGUUGUAUCUUUCCCUGUCUGGAUCACUUGGACUUUCACCAGCAAGCUCUCCUAUCUUCAGCGAAACCUCCUCAGAUACACACCCUUGAGUCUUGGCUAGCACGUCUGAGCACUUUGUUCGACUUCGCGAACCCCACAUCUCUACCAGCUUUGGUUACCAGUCUCUUUUACGUUGCUUGGACCAUUGGAAUUUGAAGCUUGAAGCUUAGACUCUGGGACUUUCAUACGACGUUCAUAAAGCCAAGAUGGGACAGGAGAAGAUCUCGGGAAAGGUCGUGGCGGAGCAUAAUACGAGGGAGAGUUGUUGGAUUAUCGUUCAUGGAAACGUUUACGAUGUUACGGAGUUCUUACCUGAGCACCCAGGAGGAAGCAAGAUCAUCUUGAAAUAUGCCGGAAAGGACGCUACCCAGGAAUACGACCCGAUACAUCCACCAAACGCUAUCACCGACAACCUCCCACCAGAGAAACAUCUCGGCGCAGUAGAUAUGGGAACCGUCCAAAAAGUCAAGGUCUCCAUCUCAGAUGAGGAUAAACGACGGAAGGACCUGUUUAAUUCGCGUCCGCCACUCGAGGAGAUCCUCAACUUGCAUGAUUUCGAGUCUAUCGCGAAACUGGUGAUGCCUGAGAAGGCAUGGGCGUACUACUCCUCCGCCGCAGACGACGAGAUCACGAACAGGGAGAACCACGUCGCGUACCACAGGAUAUGGUUCCGACCGCGUAUUCUGCGCGAUAUGACCAGUGUUGACUGGUCGACUACGAUUUUAGGCCAUAAGUCUAGCAUGCCUAUCUACAUCACAGCGACUGCACUCGGAAAGCUAGGUCAUCCGGACGGAGAACUCAACUUGACGAGAGCAGCGGCGAAGCAUGGUGUUAUUCAGAUGAUCCCCACGCUUGCGUCAUGCGGUUUCGACGAGAUCAUAGACGCCGCCAAACCGGGACAGACCCAGUUUUUGCAAUUGUACGUCAACCGGGAUCGCAGUGCGACCAAGCGUGUCGUCCAGCAUGCAGAGAAGCGGGGCGUCAAGGGAUUAUUCAUCACCGUGGAUGCACCACAGCUCGGACGCAGAGAAAAAGACAUGCGAAUGAAAUUCGACGCGGAAGAUCCAGACGAGGUGGCAAAGUCAGGCGAGGGCGUGAAUCGGUCGCAGGGCGCUGCGAAGGCUAUCACUGGUUUCAUCGACCCGAGUCUGCAAUGGUCAGAUAUUCCGUGGUUCAAGAGUAUCACGAAGAUGCCUAUUAUCCUCAAGGGCGUGCAAUGUUGGGAGGACGCACUCGAAGCCUACGACCUCAACCUUGCCGGCGUCGUUCUCUCCAACCAUGGGGGUCGCCAACUCGAUUUCGCCCGCUCCGGAAUCGAAGUCCUCGUCGAGGUCGUCGAGAAGUUCAAGGAGAAGCGCGGGAUCACGUUCCCAAACGCGAAGUUCCAGCUAUUUGUGGAUGGAGGUGUGAGGAGGGCGACGGACGUGUUGAAGGCGGUGGCGUUGGGUGCGACUGCUGUUGGCAUUGGAAGACCAUUCCUCUAUGCGUUCUCGACCUACGGAACGGAAGGAGUCGACCAUGCGCUGCAAAUCCUACAUGACGAGUUUGAGAUGAACAUGCGCCUCAUCGGCGCCAAGACGAUCAAGGACGUCGUCCCGGAGAUGGUCGACGCGUCUAACAUCCAUACGCAUGUCAUCGCUGUGCCGGGGGAUAGGCUCUAUGAUUCCAAUUACGAGGGAAUGCAGAGUGCGCGGUUGAGGGAUGCGAGGGCGAAGAUGUGAGAGACGUUCAACAUCACGGUCGAUCCUGCAUGGACGUUGCCCAAAUGACCACUUAUGAUUACGACGACGAGCGAUCAUCACUAUUUACCCCCGGCCUGUGGAUGUCGAUGGAGAGAUCUAGUGAUUCGGGGAAGGUUCUGUGUCUUGGGUAUCGUGUAUCUACUAGAUGUGCAAAUCCUGUGGUAUAUAUGCAUCUCUAUUGUG